AGCUUUGAUGUUGAUCCGCCAUUUAUAUUAGUGCCCCGGCAUAGGUUUGCGAGCGGGAGGGUUGAACCUAUAAGUAGAAGAAGCGAGGACGAGGAGCUUCGAUCUAUCGCAGCUGCAGGAGCAGUUUGCUGUAGCUUCAAGAAGAAGCGCAAAAUCUCAAAUACGUGUUUCACCUCUGAUUGAUUCUGAAUCCCAACAAGCCAUUUGCCAUGGCCUCUUCGGAAGACGAUGAGGAACAACAGAUCGAGUACACGAUUCUGAACCGGCGCGACGUCAACGCCUUCCAGGUGCCGCCCCGCGCGACCGCCGCCGGACACCGGGCGGAGGAGUGGAAAAACUGCAUUUGGCAGGGCAAGGUCUGGGUGGUUGCGAAGGGGCCGCACGUGGUGCUCCGCCUGGUCAAACCGGCCACGGAGGAGAUGUUCCUGCAAUCGGUCAUCGAACACGGGGACCACGAGAAAUUUAUUGAACGAACGGUCGACUCCAGCCGGUAUUUCGUCUUGCGAGUAGUGCUAUGGAUUGCAAACAUGUCUGGGUCUGGAAGAGCCAAACUUGUGAUGCUGCAUUUGGAUGCUAAAAAAAUCUGCAUUGCAUGAGCAGAUAGAGGACUCAAAUUUGGCUACGCGGAGAGGGCAUUUGUCAUGCUGGACGCGCAUCGAUAGGCGCUCGCGCUCGAUAAAUCUGUGAUGCUAUUUCAUACAUCAGAGACAUCAUGGAUCAUGUAAAAUGUGCAUGACAAACUUCUCCUCUUCCAGACCCAGACACUUUUACAUUUUAUAAGUGCACCCGGGAACGAAGAAAACGGCGUACAUCGGCUUGGGCUUCGAAGUAUGCAUUGCAAAAGUAUCGUACACGUACUCGUAUAAAUGCAUUACAAGUUUCCUCAGCAUGAGAAUGAGAAAUUAAAUUUGUAAUGCGGAUUUACCUUGAGAAAAAAAUUUGUAAUGCAUGAUUGUAAUACGAGUACGAUACUUUUGCACAGGAUACGAAGACCGGAACGACGCGUUCGAUUUCAACUGCUGUUUAACGGAUUUCAGAGGUACGAGUUCAGGUGGAUCAGCAGCCUCCUCAACAGCUGCUUCCAGUGGACCGGCGGGCGGAUCAUCUGCAGAAGCAUCAUCCUCCAUCAAUUUUGAGAAGAAAGACUACAGUUUGAAAGCCGGGGAGAAGAUAAGCAUCAGAAGUUUGAAGACCCCCGGAGGGGGUGGGAAUAAAGCGAACAACACAGUAAACAAGCUGGUCGGAACUACUACGAGCAGUGGCGCAAGUCCGAAUCGGGGAGGAGGAUUCGCGAUGCCGCCACCACCUAGCGGAGGGGGAGGGAUCGCGGCGCCGCCUGGUGCGCCGAUGGGGUACAACACGGCUGAUAAAGAUCCAUUUGAAGACGAUGAUGGUUUUUUUGGUGACUUCCAAUCUGGCUGAGAUGAUAGAUGAUGGGGGUCAGCUCCAGCACUCAGAACGCGAGGCAGUUUGUGUAAAGAAAGACAAAAACCGAAACCGGGCACGCAGAGUAAAGUUUUUCAACAGGGUCGCGCAUCAUGAUAGCAAACGCAGUUAUCAAGGCAGUAGCGCAACAUCAAUUGGCAACCGCUUGGUUGUCUUGAGACAAAUGGUGCGACAACAAUAUGAUUGCAAAAUAAAACUCGCAACCUCAUGGAGCUGCACAGUCACGGUGUCAUUGUAGUUCCUUCAGACCAGUAGAAAAAGUUUCUUGUACAG